GGACCGGCGCCGGGGGAAGUCCCCGGGCGCGUGGGUAUAAGAGGCGGCGCGGCGCCGGGGCCCCAGGCCGGCAGCCCCCAGCCAUGGCGCGCUGCCUCCAGUUCCUGCUCCUGAGCUGCGCCUGCAGCCUGGCGCCCGCGGUGCUGGAGGUGAAAGUGGUCUGUUCGGAGGCUGUGGACUUGCCCUGCCCCGUCCCCUGGGACCCGCAGGUCCGCUACACGGUGUCCUGGGCCAAGCUGGCCGGCGGCCGUGCAGAGAGCCUGGAGGUGCCCGGGGAAGAGCUGCGGUCCUCUCUCCAGAAUGGCUCUUCGGGGGCCCCCAGUGGGAGGCUGUAUUCUCUGAAGAUCCAGAACACUACCAGCUGCAACUCGGGGGCCUACCGCUGCACUCUGGAGGACCCGGAGACACAGAGAAACCUCAGCGGCACCGUGAUCUUGAAAGUGACAGGAUGCCCUAAGGGACGCAAAGAAGAUACUUUUAAGAAAUACAGAGCUGAGAUUGUCCUGCUGUUGGCUCUGGUCACUUUCUACUUAACACUCAUCAUUUUUACCUGCAAGUUUGCACGACAGCAGAGUAUUUUUCCAGAUUUUUCUAAACCGGUCGUAGAACAUGCUUUUCUCCCCGUCACCUCCCCAAAUAAGCCCUUGGAGCAAGUGACUCUUCACAAGACAGAGCUGGUAUGAGCAGGAUUUCAGCAAGCUGUUUUUUUCCCGAGUGGAAGGCUCCAUGUCCCACUGGACAGAAGCAUGAGCCCCACCCCAAAGAUGACAUCCUUCCUGUGAAGUCCUUCGAGUGACGGAAACAUGCAAAAGGGGGUCCCACCCCACUUUUCGUGAGCAGGACCUUGAGAACUAGGAUGUGACCCCCACGAAGCCUGGGGCCACCCGGCAGGUGCUUUCGAGUGCUGCACCUUUAUUCUGAGCGUUUUAUUCAGCUACCUGGUCAACUCUUUGGACUUUUUUUUUCAGUGCUAUGGAAGCUAUGGUGAUGAGAUGUUGCAAGAGGAGCUCGGGAACUGUGCAUGUCUAGCGCUGGCCCUGUGCCGACUUUUGAGGACAGCUGUCCUCUUCCACAUCUGGAGCGCAUCUCUGAAUGCCAGUUUUUUUUUUCCCUCCAAACCUAGAUGCUUUAUGUCUGGGAGAUGUUGCCAAGCCAAGACGUGAGACAGUGGGAAAUGCUUAGCAAAUAAUUUCCCUGUGUGAAGGCCCUGCUCUGACCAAGGCGUUUGAUGUGUAUACAGACCUAACAAGGCGAUGAACGGUCCCCAGCAGGGCCCUCUUAUCCAGGAAGGACUUCCAUAAAGAAGCAAUAGAGAAGACUUCCACGUUUAUUUUUAUAGCUGUAUAUACGUGUCGAAGAAGGACUUGGGUUUCUUUUCCUUUGUAAAUCUCCAUCUUCAAUAGUUAGAGACUAUUGUCAACUGCAAGCAAGCUGCCCAGGGACGGUGAGAAGACGUCGGAGAGGGUGACCUGCGGAGGCCGAGCUACGUGGUGACGGCCAUGCUGGACCCAUCCUGCAGCCUGGGUUGUCCCACUCCCUAGCUGUCUGAUCGUGGGCAAGACCCGUGUGGUUUCUGCUUUUCAGAUGCAAACCAAAAGGCCAUAAUGCCUUUCCUGGUUCAUGUUUUCCAUCGUUCCAAAGAAAGAAGGCAACGAAGGAGGCGUGCCUACUGUCUUCACUGGGAAUUCCUCUGGGGAAGGGAGCCCAGGGCCGCGUUCUUGAAGCCCCAGCCAGAAGUCCCCCAAAACCACGCGGAGAAGCUCUCUAAUGUUCCACUGGCGUUUUGGCAGCUGUUGUGUUUCCUUAUCAAACUUGGUCCUUCCCCUCCUUCUUUCCCAAAGAGGCUAGGAGCCUACACUAAUAUGAGAGGGGAAGGGAUGCCAGGGGUCGUGUUUCUGUCUCUUUGUCUGAGCGUUCGUGUCAUUAAAUGUGUGCGUGUGAA